AUGGCCGCUCGGAUGUCUUUCUUCGGAGUGGCGACAUGCACGCUGCUCACGAUCGUUUCAGCACUUCCGCAACAAACAGUGACCACUUAUCACGGAAACUUGUACCCAUCACUCGGGACAUCGGUUCUUGGAAGUGCACCAAAACUAGUGCUUCCAGAUUCAAGCUCUUCCGAAGAACGAAUUCUUGCAGGAUCAGAUGAUUUCCUGGCCUCUUUUUCCUCUAGCGGUGAUGACACCUGCAGCUUCGAUAAAUACGCGUUCGAUCACGACGGUACAGUGAAAUAUGGUAACAAACUGCCAGCCCUCUCCCAGUUCACGCUCUGCAUGUGGAUGCGAUUCACCAACCACACCGGCGAUCACACGAUCCUCACCUACUCCGCGGAAGAAGAACCACGCGAAAUACAGCUCUGGAUUUCCAACAACAUGGGCAUGAGCUUCAUUAGUCUAGCCGUUCAUGGCCAAUCACUCUUUAGGUUAAACUAUCCUUUCAAAAUGCGAAAGUGGCACCACGCGUGUGCAUCGUGGAACGGUAAGACCGGCGAAUGGCAACUGUGGAUCAAAUCGGAACGCGUCGGGCGCGGAUUCCACAACCGGCUGGUAAAUUACGAAAUCAAACCCUACGGUACGCUGUUCUCCGGUGGUCCAUCCAUUACCGGUCCCACUGACGUCGGACUGCACUUCGAGCUGACGGCGAUCCAGAUGUACAAGGUAGCGCUGAGCGCAGGCAAAGCACACCGCGAUCACAAACAUCACCAUGUGCACCAUUUCGAUCAUAACGGCGGUGAGGUUACGUCUACCACUCCGCGAACCCAAGUGCCGCCUUCACCCCAACCGGCGAACCCGCUUCUGGCCAAUGGACAGAUACCGACACGCGUCAAAAUCAAUCUUGCAACAAACGGUGCCCAACAGAACAGUGGCACCCUAGGUAUUCCGACCAAGGGUUUACCGUCCCAGCUCGUCGGAGGUUUUACUCCAUCGCUCGGAAGCGGUCCUACUGUUACGACCAACUUCGUCAAUGGCCAAUUCAGCAGCGGAGUGCGCUUCCUCCAGGAGCAGUUAGUAUCGAACAACGUCAUCGGUCAAUUCCCACGAUCAAGCGGAUCCGUCGGUUCGGUGGGAGGAUCUUCCAGUACGUUUACAUUCCCCGAUAGUAGCAGUGAGCUGGCGGGUCCAUCGGUAUCCGGUGGCGCGUACUCCAUCGUUCAGCUUCCCUCCGACACGACGCCACGCAAGCUUUUCAAGCGUCAAACGGCAACCAAAACCGACAAGACCGCUGGUGCAUCGGACACCAAAACAAAGCGCGAAUUGAUCCAGCUGCAGGACGGUUCACUACUCCAAAGCUCCGAGUACAUAUUUGACGGACUGGCAGAGUUUGGAUUGCCAGAUUUCAAAAACAAACUUGGUCGCGAAACGGACAUUGAGGAUGAAAUCCGGGAACACGACAAGGAACCGGCCGAGGAGGAAGUGCGAGCCGUCAUGAACAUCUGCUCCAAGUGUGCGCCGGAACCAUUUGCCAAGGCGCUGAUAUUUGCGUGGAAGGAUGCAGUGACGGAAUUGGGUGGUGCAUUAUCGGCUAAGGCAUCAUCGCACUGUGGCCAUUUCUAGAAUCUUGGCC